UGAGAGCUCAGGAGCCCAAGGGACGGAUCCGGACCUAGCCGGCCCGCCAGGCCAUGGCGCCCUCCGGGCUCCUCGUGACCGGCGCCUCCUUCGCCGCCUUCCGGGGGCUGCACUGGGGGCUGCAGCUUCUGCCCACGCCGGGAUCUGCUGCCCAGGACCGUUGGAAGUGGCGGAACAUCUGUGUCUCCCUGGUUCACAGCCUGCUUACGGGGGCCGGGGCGCUGCUCGGGCUGUCACUGUACCCUCAGAUGGCCGCCGACCCGAUUCAUGGCCACCCACCCUGGGCCCUGGUGCUGGUGGCUAUAUCUGUGGGUUAUUUCCUGGCCGAUGGAGCUGACAUGCUGUGGAACCAGACGUUGGGCCAGGCCUGGGAACUUCUUUGUCACCAUUUGGUGGUAGUGAGCUGCCUCAGCACUGCCAUUCUCUCUGGCCACUAUGUGGGCUUCUCUGUGGUGUCUCUGCUCCUGGAGCUGAACUCCACCUGCCUGCACCUACGAAAGCUGCUGCUGCUUUCUCGCCAGGCCCCAUCCCUGGCCUUCAGUGUGACCAGCUGGGCCACCCUGGCUACCCUGGCCCUCUUCCGCCUGGUUCCACUGGGAUGGAUGAGUCUGUGGCUGAUCCGGCAACACCACCAGGUACCUAUUGCUCUGGUCAUCCUUGGUGGAACUGGGCUGGUCACUGUGGGUGCUACGAGCAUCACACUGGGUGUCCGCAUUUUGGUCAGUGAUGUCCUGCGGUCUCGGCCCCGCCCAUCCAUCCCUGAGCACAAGGAAACCAUGGGCACCAGGACAUGUUGCGAUGGUGAGCCUGUCACCAGGGAUGAUUCUACUCUCAGCCUGAAAGACUAAAGAGAAGCCUCAGGCUCCUCCUCUGCCAGUCCUGGGAGAGGUAGGACCAGGACAAGGAGAUGGUGGUCUUCAAUGCACUGUCCCCCAGGGGCAAGGCCUGGACUGGGUUUUCAGUAUCUCAGUUCCUCUUCCAGCUUACUCCUGCAUUCCUAGGAUCUAAGAAGAAAUGCUAAUAUUCAUGGGUGGGUGGGAACCUGGGCUAUUGUUCACUGAAUCCCAUCAUCAGAUGACCGCCCUUCCCAGCAAACUAACUCCAGAGGUAUAGCCUGUGUUACCAAUAAAGGGUAGCAGGAGGCGUGAAGCUGGAUGAAACUGCCAAUGGGAACAGAGACACUUUGCUUUAGCACAGGAACGGAUGAGGAAAGAUGGAGUCCUACUAGGAUCAGAGAGAGAUCUAUAGUACCAAAGGGGUGGGAUCGGAGAGAAGAGAGACCUCACCUAUGACCAAAUUAUGGCAGAGGGAGGACGGCACAACAGGUGAACAGAUACUAUGCGUAGCCAGUAGGGAUGGACAUGACGAUUGCCAAGAGACAGAAGAAAUUAGACCACAACAAUGGCUGGUGAUAUUUCUGGUUCUCAAAGUCACACUAUUCUAUUUGUACUUCACCCUAGUCCUACUGUGUCCAGCAUGUUCCUUUUGCUUUUUUUUUUAGUGUCUUCUGACCUUUUCAAAGGAAAUGCAGAUUCUUAAAGGAAAGAACACAGGGCUAGGUCUGUCUUCUCAGGACUGUACUGAAGUCCAGAGCCAUAGCAGGAACUCAACCCCCCAUUCUGGGUGCCCAGUGUAGGGUCUUCCCAGGGCCAGGCUUUCAUGGAAGAACGAGGGCAGAGGCAGAAGCAGAUGAGGUACGGCUUCCACUCGGCUGCAGAGGAAUUAAGGAAUAUCUGACUCUCUUCUGGGAUUCAUUUGCAAGCUCCCCUUUCUCCCCUGCUGCUUUUUUCUGUUGCACAAGACCCCUCCCUUCUUCAGGCAGAACAUCCAGGUUAUGGGAAGUGUAAGCAGAUUAAAGUUGCUAUUCUACUAAACAAUGGACAGUAAUAGAUAACCCUUAAUUAUCCACAGAAAAGAUACAUGAGCAAAAGCCAAGAGACAGGAAGAUGAACGCCUAAAGCGGAGCUCCAGAGAGACAAAGGGAAUGAAAGAAACACAUAUACAGAUUGCAGGACAGAUAGAAAGAAAAAGAUUUGCUGCAGAGAAGACACAGAGACGAAGAGAGAUGGAGGGCAAGACAGAAUCCUUGGCAGAAAUAGAGAAAGUCUGUUACAGAUGCGGAGAAAAUCAUAGAGUUGGUUAAAUGGUCAUAAACAAAGAGGACAAGCAAAAUGGAAAUAAAGGCUGCCAGGAAGGGAUCCCAAAGGUGGAAGGUACAGAUAGUCUAGGCAGUGAAACAGGGAGAGUGAGUGACAAGGAGGAACCACCAGACUCCCGGGAGACAGAGGUAAUAGUGGCUGAUAGAUUAACAGAGGGAGACGAGAGAGAGGUGGAAAUAGAGAUGAGGGGGAUGAGUCGGGAGCUGAGAAGCAGAGGGACAGAAGGUGGAGGAGGCAGUCAAUGGACAGAUUCAUUGACAGAAAAAGCAGGCAAUAUGUUGAGUUGGAGACGGGCAGGAAGACAAAGGACAAACAGCUACAGUGCGCAACACAGAGACAGGGGUUGACAGGAACUGAGAGGCAGAGGCUGGUAGGACGAUGAGAAGUAAGAAUCGGGGGUGUGAAAUGACAGAAGCAUAAGCAAAGGGACUGAAGAGGAGCACAGAAAACGGGGGUGGGGGAGGGCGCAAUGAUGAAAUAAACAUCCAGAGGAAGGAACAAGGAAAAGGAGGGAGCACAGAGAUGGAGAGAGGAAAAACCAUCGUAGAGACGGGAUAAAAGAGAGAGAGGGAUUGUGAGAUAGCCCCAUCAGAGAGUCCUUAAGACCAAAGCACGAAGGGGGAAAAUGAUGAACAGAGACUGAGGAGAAACUGCGACAGUUGGAAGUGAACGCAGGGAGAAAACAAGAGCAGAGGGUCUGAAAGUAAUCAGACUAAAACCAGAGAUGCAAAAGCGUGGAAGUUGAGGUAGAGAAACAAAGCAGAAUUCUGUCAGAGUUUGUCCUUAACAGAAGUAGCUUCAAACCUCAAUUUGCUAUUUUAACCAAAUGCCUUGAUUAACGAAAACAUUGUUUUCAGCUUUCGAAGAAAAAAGAAAUGUGACAACCCCAUGGGGGGAAUCUGUUCCCUAUGUGUUCAUGUCAAUAUUGAUCCAUUCCCAGCCCUACACCUUUUCUUUUGCCACUGCCAUGAAUUCAUGGUCCAAGUGAGUUCCCUUCUUGGGAAAACUUGGUGGUAUCUAGGAAGGGUGCCCAAGAACUUGACCAUUAGGGAAGUAUGACUAUUUCUAUGGGUUAACUAGUAAAACCCAUACAGGAAGGGAUUAGCUACCUGUGCAGGUAGGACAUAAGUGGACACUUGAAGAAUUUGGGAUCACACACAAAUUUCCAUCAUGGAGACCCAGUGAAACUUCAGGAAGGCAGGACUGGGAUCGUGAUUAUAAUUAAGUGGACAUCUCAUCAACUGGACCAGUUAUAGAUGGUGGACCAGAUCUCAGAGAUGAGAUGAUGGGAAUCAAAGAGCAAUAGUCAACUGGGAGCCUGGAAAAGAGAAGCUCAAAGCUGCAGAGGUUGGCCAGAUGCUGUAUUUGGUACAAUGAGUUGGGCCACCAUGGUGGUGCUCUGUCAGACCUCACCAUGGACCAGUGAAGUGGUCCUCAAGACUGAUUCCAUCCAUGCCUACUGGGCUACUGGCUAAUGAAUUCUGUCUUCUGGCACAGGGGAGGGGCUUUCCUGGAUGGGAAACGUUGGUAUUUUAUGGUCUCGGAACACUAUCCUGAUCAAAAAUUAAUAAAUUGCUAUACAAAUAAUAGCCUCAGUCUUUCGUGAGUAUGGUUCUUUGAGUCACUUCUCUUGGCUCCAGUGGUAUCCUAGUUUAUAAAGCAUGCUGGAUCAUGGAAGAUCCAGCAUUUGCUGUGAGAAGAUCUCUUGGCACUAACUCUUUGACCUACAAAGCCCUAAAGUGGGGACUUCCCUCGUGGCACAGUGGUUAAGAAUCUGCCUGCCAAUGCAGGAGACAGGGGUUCAAGCCCUGGUCCGGGAAGAUCACACGUGCCGCAGAGCAACUAAGCCCGUGCGCCAUAACUACUGAGCCUGCAC